AUGGAGAAGAAAGAUAAACAGUCCUUCGAGGCAGUGCUUUCCGAACUAAAGAACUACCUGCUUAGAUUCGGUGCUGAACUCGAUGGACUGCAGAUAAUGGUGGACUACGAAAGAGCUGCUAUCGUCGCCUUUCCGUCUUCGAAAGGACAUCCGAACCAGCAAAAGGUCAGCCGUGAAGCCCUACAGCGACGAGGCGAGAUAGCCGCAGUGAUGAGAACGUUUGAAGAACAGUACAGGGCCCACGGUGUAACUAGGGUAGAUGCAGAAGCAUAUUGUAGAAAUAUGGCGAACUACGUCACGGAUAAAGCAUUUUGA